CAGUCUCGUUUAGUACGACUCUGAGAACGAUAACAAAUAGUAAACAACAAGGUAAACAAUAAGAAAUUGGGAACCAUGGAAGGAUUUUGCAGAGGCUGCCUUAUAAAAUACAAUGAUCCAAUGGAGUUACUACAGUAUACAGAGAAAUAUAGAAGACUGUUUGUGUACUCCACUGGGUUACAGGUGAAAAGAAAUGACACAUUCACAUUCCAACUAUGUAAGGAUUGUUUCCUGAAUAUGAAGCAAGCUUGCAAGUUUAAGAAACAAUGUAGAACUUCAGACAAACAAUUUAAGAACUACAAAGUGCUGAAAGAUGUAGGAGACCCCAUAGAUUUCUGUACAUUCCUUAAAAACUGUGAUGAUGCUUUGACAUUCCGGCUGCCUUUAACAAGUGGCAAUAGUACUCCAGCUACACAAAAAAGAGACGAUGACAAUGAAUCAACAUGCACAAGUAUACGAAACUUCAUGACGGACAUCCUACAAGGAGAAGAGAUGCCCGACACGGAGGCUCGGAUUAUCAGAGAGGUCAUUGAAGAAGAGGCUGAUGUGCUGGAAGACUCACUGGAUUCCCACUGGCUCCAGGAUGAUGUGUCUAUUGAUACAGACUUCAGAUUGGAUUUUAGUUUCAGCCCAUUUUCAACACCUCGGUCUGUAAAUAACGAUCAUUGCUACACACCUAAAAAGUAUGUUGAGCAAAAAGAAGAACAAAUCAGCUUUGAAACUGUAAAUACGGAGAAGCAAACUAAAAUACUCAACGACUUUACAAAAGCUUUCCAAAAUGACCAAAAUAUUAAUGACCCUGACAGUUUUGAAAACAAAAUUAUGGAGAAAUCAGAAAGUUUUAAAAGCAUAAAAGAGUUUUAUCCUUUUGCGACUAAGGAACCCAUAGUUAAUGUUGAUCCUGUAAAAUCAGCAAAUGAACAAUUUAAAAGCAGUAAAGCCAUUAAAGAGAUCACCAGUUUUGGAACUAAAGAAAUGUCCACUAAAGAGAUUGAACUAAAAAGAACGUUUGCAAACAAACAUCUGAAAGAACUAUGCGAUUUUAGCUUAGAUAGUAUAGAAAAGCCGGACAGCAAUAAAAACGAUAGUUUAAAAGAAUUAUGUGACAUGACUUUAAAUGAAUUUGGUCAAGUCAAAUUAGAAAAUGAUGCAAAGAAUGAUGAAAAACUGAUAAGUGAUUUUAGUAUAGAUGAAAUUGAUGGUCUUGAUAAAUCAGUGAGCAAUUUAGAUCUACCAUCAUUAGAUUACUCAGAUAAAGAUAGAACGAGUAGCAUGAAUUUUUAUACAGAAAAUAUAGGCUCAUUGAAAUCAAAUAACGAAAUGAGUAAUAGCAGUAUUAACAUUGAAGCCUUAUUGAAGGACAAACCGUGUACGAUAGAUAAGAACUUAGAAGAAGCGCUAAAGAAUCCUGACAAUAAAGAAUUUUCUCUGGAUGAGCUACUUGUUUCUCCACCAGUAUUCCAAAAAACAUCAGCAGCAUCAACACCAACAAUUAAUAAUAUACUUUUUAAUGUGAAACUCGAACUACCUGAAGCUGAUGUGAACACCAAUAAGACAGUAGGACAAUGUAUAGAACCAUAUGACAAUGUUCAAGGUGAUAUUGAAAUAUUUGAAGAAUUCUUCCAAAACGACACUAAAGAAUUUGACAUUGAUGAUAUUAAAAGAGCUAAUGUGGAUGAUAAAGAACAAUGGAAAAGAGACUCACAGUUGAUUAAUAUUAAAGUCGAAAAUGAAGAUUCAAAUGAUAUGGACAUUGUUGAAACUACAACACAUAAAGAAAAUAAACAAAUUGAGAAUAAUGAAGAAAUAAUUCAACCAACUGUUGAAGAAAGUGUAGAAGAUAAGAAAUCAAUAAAUAUAGACUUAAAGUUAAUUCGUAUUCAAUUCGAGAAUGAAGAUACUACUGACAUGGACUUUGAAAUGGCAAUAAGUAAAGAAAAUAAACCAAUUGAGAAUAAGAAAACGAUAAAUGAUAAAGAAAAAAAUCCACGAGCUCUUGAAGAUGGUGCAGAAAAGGAGAAAUCGCACUGUGAAUCGUGCAACAAGCAAUUUAAAAAUGCUAAAGCUCUAAGUAUUCAUAUGGCCAAAAUACAUGGGCAAGUGAAAAGGAAAGCAUCAAAUAAUAAAAAUCCUGUAUUAUGUAGUGAAUGUGGAUUAGAGAUGCAGGACAAGUCAAAUUUUAAAAGGCAUUUGAAAGUUUGUUCGAAACCUAAGAUAGAAUUUAAUUGUGCAAUUUGCGGAGAAUCGUUUUCUUCACGAAGUAGACUAAAGAAGCAUAUGAGUGUCCAUUCGAUAUAUACAAGUAGGAAAUCUCAAAAACAAUAUAUUUGUUCAGUUUGCAAUGUAAUGAUGCAUAAACGCAACAACUUUAUUCUGCAUAUAAGAAGGCAUGAAAAGAAUUAUUCCACAAAAUGCAAAGAGUGCGGCAAAGGUUUCUACAGACAUUCAGAUUUGAAGGUUCACAUGAGACAACACACAGGUGAAACACCAUUUAAGUGUACUUACUGUGAUUAUUCAUUUACCCGGCAAGAUGUGUUGAGCAGGCACAUGAAAAUUCAUUUAGGUAUUAUGAAAUACGAAUGCGACACCUGUGGUCAGAAAUUCAAAAGGAAGUAUGAUGUAUACCUACAUAUUAUAAAGGAAAAACAAUGCACACUGAAACCAAACGGAAAAAUUAAAAGAAUAGUAGAGAAGAAAUUGGUAAAAGAGGCAGCCAAAGAAGUGGUAAAAUUAGAUAAUAAAAUUACUGUAUUAUAUGCUGUGGGAGCUAACGAAACUAUAAAAAAGGAGUUACCAUUUUUGGAAACUGAAUUGAGUAAUUAAAGAGAUAUCAAGAAAAUAUAUUUUAAUUUUAAAAUGUUCUUAUAUUGUUUCAUUUUGUUCUUCAGAUUUUUAACAAAUAACAUGUACUGGCUAACAGAUAUAAGAUUAUCUACAAAUCAGCAGAUUUUGAGUAACACAUCUAUUAUCUGUACUAGACAUAUCUUACGACAUAAAAAUCUUGGUAUGUGAAGAAAAGACAUUAGCAAUAAAACACAAAAUCUUCAACAACACUUGAUUAUAUUCAAGUAGGACUGUGCUACAAUAAAAAAAAAAGAAUACAAAAUACCUGAUUCAUUCUAAAACAUGACCGGUAUACAGUAUGUGAUCAUUUGUAUGAGGAUUUAAAAUUAAAUGCAACUUUAAGCCAAUUGUUAAAUUAAGAACAACUCAACUCUUAAAGCUAGGAUACCCUACUUUAGUCCUAUACUUACACAUUUUGUAAGUAGCUAUAACUAGUAUCAUAUAAAAAUGUAUAACUAGAACAACAUACAUAGUUACUUUAGAACAUUCAUACAGGUUUGGACCCACUAGCACGAAAGAACUAAAUAAAUAAUUAUUGUUUUGAUAAUAAGUUAGCUGUCAUUCAGUGCAAAUGGGUUCAAGUAUUAAAUAUACUUUUGUUCAGAUUUAACCAGUAA